CCAAGAUGGCGGCGCCCAGUGAGGGGCAAGCGUUUGCUGCGGGCGUUGAAAAGAAUUGGGGUGCGGUUGUUCGCUCCCCAGAAGGGACUCCGCAAAAAGUCCGGCAGCUGAUAGAUGAGGGGAUUGCCCCGGAGGAGGGAGGCGCGGAAGCGAAGGACACAUCUGCCACAUUCCAGUCAGUUAAUGGGUCGCCCCAAGCAGAACAGCCGCCAUUGGAAUCUACAAGCAAAGAAGCCUUCUUUAGCAGAGUGGAAACAUUUUCUUCUCUGAAAUGGGCAGGUAAGCCCUCCGAGCUGUCUCCACUUGUCUGUGCAAAAUACGGCUGGGUCACAGUUGAAUGUGAUAUGCUCAAGUGCUCCAGCUGCCAGGCUUUUCUCUGUGCCAGUUUACAACCAGCUUUUGAUUUUGACCGAUAUAAGGACCGAUGUGCUGAGCUGAAGAAAGCCUUGUGCACCGCCCACGAGAAGUUCUGUUUCUGGCCAGACAGCCCCUCCCCAGAUCGAUUUGGAAUGUUGCCAUUGGAUGAACCUGCUGUUCUUGUUAGUGAAUUCCUAGAUCGUUUUCAAAGCCUUUGUCACUUGGACCUCCAGCUUCCUUCCCUGAGGCCAGAGGACUUGAAAACUAUGUGCUUGACAGAAGACAAGAUCAGUCUUCUUCUGCACCUGCUUGAAGAUGAACUUGAUCACCGAAAUGAUGAGAGAAAAACUGCAAGCAAAUUAGGCUCAGACAUUCAAGUCCACGUCACUGCCUGUGUUCUCUCUCUGUGCGGCUGGGCGUGCAGUUCUUCUUUGGAACCCAUGCAGCUCUCCCUGAUAACCUGUUCACAGUGUAUGAGGAAAGUGGGGCUCUGGGGCUUCCAGCAGAUUGAGUCAUCCCUGACGGACCUGGAUGCAUCCUUUGGCCUGACCAGCUCCCCCAUCCCAGGCGCUGAGGGGAAGCCAGAGCGCUUCCCUCUUGUGCCUGAGUCUCCUCGGAGGAUGAUGACCCGGAGCCAGGAUGCUACCUGUUCCCCUGGCUCAGAGCAGGCUGAAAGGAGCCCAGGUCCCAUUGUCUCCCGAACUCGGAGCUGGGACUCUUCCAGUCCCGUUGACCGUUCUGAGCCAGAGGCUGCUAGCCCCACGACCAGAACUCGGCCCGUGACCCGCAGUAUGGGGACAGGAGACGGCACUGGCCUGGAGGUGCCGUCUAGCCCUCUCCGGAGAGCCAAACGAGCUCGCCUCUGCUCUUCCAGCAGCUCGGACACAUCUUCCCGAAGCUUCUUUGACCCUGCCUCUCAGCAUAGAGACUGGUGCCCUUGGGUCAAUGUCCCACUUGGCAAGGAAACCGGGGAGCAUGGUGGAACGGAGGUAGACACCAGGGGCCCCGCAGAGCCAGGCUGGAAGGCCGUGCUGAACAUCCUCUUGGCCCACAAGCAGUCCAGCCAGCCGGCCGAAACAGACCACACGAGUCUGUCUGAGAAAUCAAGGAAGGUAUUCCGAAUAUUCCGGCAGUGGGAAUCUUUAUGCUCCUCCUGAAGAUUUUCCAGCCCUUCCUGGAGAGAAGCGGAAUGAAGGACUUUGAGAAAUAAAGUCUGAAUUCCUUUUUGGUCAGCGGAUGCUAAGUUUUUCUCCGUUCUGGUUUAAUCACAAGGAGCCCCUGUCCUUGCAAAAGGCAGUGAAUGUCACUGUCUGCGUCGGACUGAGGGGGAGCCUGUCUCCAGGCGGGGUGUGGGCAGGUGAAGUACAGCAAGCCUGCUUCUGUUAAAGGAGUGUGGCGUUACUCAAACAGAUGGAAGACCAAGGACUUGAGCACUUUUACUCUCUUUCAGUACGGGGCAGUGUUUUGAGGACUCUUACAUCCCGGGAAUAU